ACCUGGAAUGUGAGCCAAACAAACACGGAGCUCAAAGGUGCAGUCAUAUGACUCCCAGAUGGUUGUAUGAGAGUCAACAGAGCUUAGGAGUUGGUCUCCUGUAACACCUUUUUUAAGCUUUUGUGAUCUCGGACGAUUCGACCCUACUGGAAGAAAAGAGAAAAAAAAAAGAAGAAGAAAGAAACCAGUCCUGGCUCGAGUGCGGCUGUUGGACGCACAGGAGGGGGAGGCGUGUUGUUCAGGCAGCUGGAGGGAGAAGCUUCCUUGUCUGGUAUGAUUCAGUGGAUGCGACGCGACUGACAAAGUUUUCUCCAGCUGUGCGCGGCGUAAACGCGCGAUGGAAAAUCUAAAUGACAGAUAUCCACGAGUGACCGCUGCGCAAGAGAUGAGCGCCAUCAGCCAGCGACCGCGUGUCCGCUCUCAGAGGAAAGUAGCAGCGGUCAGCUGUCCUCCUCUGUCCGGCGCACGGCUCUCCUUACCUGGGGUCAUGGACGCAGAGGGGAGGGUCGACGAGUCAAGACUAAGGAUGCAUAUCUUCAAAAACGGAGGUGUGUCUCCGCCCGAGCGAGGCCUGGUGUGGCGUUUUCUGUUCGGGAUGUACCCGUGCAGCUCGACAGCUUUAGAGCGCUCUCUCCUGCACGAGCAGUUGGUCAUACGUUACCGGGUCAUGAAGAGAAAGUGGCAGCAGUUCCUUCCUUCAGCAGUGCAGAUGCACCUGAACGGCACUGAUGCGGAGUUGGUGGCAGCUGUCAGAUACUUUGACCGGAGGGAAGCAGAGGCCCAGCAACAGACCCAAGAUCAGUCUGACGAGGUCAGGGACCGGCAGGCUUUCUUGGAGCUUCAGGCGCAGAUAUUAUUUGAACGGGUCACAUUUGACCGUGAAGAGCUGCAGGAAGCCAUACGAAUCAUUGACAAGGAUGCACCGCGAACCAACAGAGACCUGAGCUAUUACCAGGAUGAAGGUUUAGGUAAUCUGCUGGUGUUGAGGGACAUCCUCAUAACAUACGCUGCUUUUCAUCCAGAGGUCACUUACGCCCAGGGAAUGAAUGACCUGUGCAGUCGGUUCCUGGAAGUUCUUGACUCUGAGGUGGACACUUUCUGGAGCUUUUCUUGCUACAUGGAGAAAUUCUCCAAGGACUUCAGGGCCGACGGUCUGCACAGAAAAAUAGAAUUGGAGGCAGCCCUGCUGAAGGAACUGGAUCCUUUACUUUAUGGUCAUUUGGUCAGAGACAGCAUGGAGAGCUUGACUUUCUGCCACAGGUGGUUGCUGCUGGGUUUUCAAAGGGAGUUUGAACACAGCGAUGCGCUGCGUUUGUUUGAGAUCCUGAGCUGUGACCAUCUGGAGCUCAUCUCCCAACAAGUCGACCGAGCCCGUUAUCAGGAAAGACUGGCACGGAAAUACACCACAGAAGACCACUCAGAGUCAGAGCUGCAGGCCAUCAACACUGACUUCACCUUUGAGCUCUUCAUCUGUGCAGCCAUCCUGUUGGAGAACAGAGAGUCUCUGCUGCAGUGCCGAGAUGACGUGCAGCUCAUCCAGUUCACCAGCAGCCUUCAGGGAACACUGGACCUGAACAGCACGCUGAAGAAAGCAGAGCACCAUUUCUACAACUACUGCAAGCGCUGCGCUUGGGAUUAUAUGAACGGACGCUGCAGAGAACAAAGGAGCAAAGAGGAAGACUUUUUUUAUCAACUGCGUAGUUUGUUUGUUUUAAAGUGAUAGCAGUUACUUGAAAACCUACUAUCACGGACUCAAACUGUAAUUUUAUAACAAGGGACAUCGAAACCUUGCGUGUAAUUUUGACGGCACAUGUUCUUACUCUUUAUUUCUGAGGGAAAUCCACACUGAUGGCUGCUUACCUUAAAUCUGUCUAGUUAUUUUAGUUAUUUGUGUUAAUUAUGAAUGUAGAGUAUUUAUUGUAUGAAAGCUGACCAGCAACGACUGUGAGUUGUUUUGUUUGCUCUAAUGAACUUCGAUUAGGCUGAAAGCUACGUAGUGUGUUACCUCUGACUAAGAGCUUUAAGUAAUGUUCUUCCUGGUUAUGCAACAGCUGCUAGCAGUGUGUAAACACUAGGAUGUGUUGCGUCAGGUGCGGCCUGUGACAAACAGCGGUUAUAUUUAAUGCCGGAUGGGACACGAGCCAGAGAGGCCUAUGUAAUAAAUGUAGAUGAGCUCUGGCAAAGGAAGAAAAACCUAGUGCACAGAUGUCUUAAAUAACAUGAAAUAUUGUACCUCAAUAAAACUACUGAAGAUUG